AUGGACGACCACCCCACCCCCACCACCCUGGGACAUGCAGCGCAGACGCCGGACGAGAAGAGGGCACCGGCAGACGGCCGACUGUCGCCGGGGACCGCGACGGGCCUCAAGCCGCUGCUGCUCAAUGGAUCCUUCAGCCCCCUCCUGUCCUCGACGCCCGAGCUGGCCGCCGCGAGCUUCGACCCGCCCCGCAACCCCGCCUCCCGGCCCGGCAGCUCCUCGCCCAGCCUCGGCGGCACCCCGGGGCCCGGCCGACGCUUCCAUGGCCGCCAGAGCUCGCGCGCCUCUUCCCGCAGAUCCUCCUCGCUCGACUCCGACGACUCGCUCGCCGGACACGCGCCCCCCGCCCGCUCCUUCUCCGCCGACGACGCCGCCCCUAUCCGGCCCAAACGCAGCUCCAUCUCCUACUCCAAGGUCCCCCACCCCGCCGACUUCCGAGCCCCCCAGCCCCUCUUCGCCGACCCCCAGGACUGCGGCCUCCACCUCCACCACCCCGCCGAUAAUGCCGCCUUCGAUACCGUCAUCGACCGGCUCAUCAGCGACCUCGUCUCCUGCGCCCACGCCCUAGGAAUCCAGGACGAGCUCAUCGGCACCGACCUCCUCCAGCCCUGA